GUUUUACAAAGUUGCUGUGAAGAAGUGGUUGCACAUGACUAAAAAUGCGCUCUAUGAUGCCGAGGACUUACUAGAUGAUCUCGCUAGCGAAGCCUUGGCUUGUAAGGCGGCAGCUGAAUCUCCGGCCACCACUAAACAGACGAAUCAUGUGUUUACGGCAGGAGCUGUGACAAAGAGGAGAUAAUUCGAGUUUUGUUAUGUGAUGAACCAACUAGUAGUAAGGUUGGUGUAGUUCCUGUCAUUGGCAUGGCUGGAAUUGGAAAGACGACUCUUGCACAACUGAUUUACAAUGAUGAAAGAGUGGACAAGCAUUUCGAUUUAAAAAUUUGGAUGUUUGUGUCUGAUCAUUUUGAUGCAGUGAGGGUGACGAAAACAAUUCUCGAGUCGGUCAAUAUGCAGAAUGUUGAUCUUGAUGACUUGAAUCUACUUCAAGUUUGUUUGAAAGAAAAAUUGGCUGGUAAGAGAUUCUUGAUUGUUUUGGAUGAUGUUUGGAACAAGAGGAAUGAUGAUUGGGAUCUCUCGUGGAUUCCGUUCAGAGCAGGGAGAAGCGGAAGCAAGAUAAUUGUAACAACGCAAAACAGCGAUGUUGCAUCAAGCAUGGGUACGGUUCCAGCUUAUCACUUGAGAGGUUUGUCAUUUGAAGAUUCUUGGUUAUUGUUCAAGAGCCAGGCAUUUGAGAAUCGAACCAUUGAUGCUAAUCUCGAAGCCAUUGGUAAGGAGAUUGUCAACAGGUGUGAUGGUUUGCCCUUGGCAGUGAAAAGAUUUGGAAUCCUAUUGCACUCUAGAAUGGAAGAAGAUGAAUGGAAAGAUAUGUUGAGUAGGAAAAUUUGGGAUCUACCAGAUGAUGAAAGUAACAUCCUUCAGACUUUAAGAUUAAGCUACCAUCACCUUCCUGCACAUUUGAAGCCGUGUUUCGCAUACUGUUCCUUGUUCCCUACGGAAUUUGAAUUUGACAAAGAUUCACUUGUUCUGUUGUGGAUGGCUGAAGGUUUGCUUGAGCAACCAAAAGGAAAUAAAACUUUGGAAGAUGUUGGUGGUGAGUAUUUUCAGGAGCUGGUAUCCAGAUCAUUCUUUCAACAAUCACUUCACAAUAGAUCAAGAUUUAUAAUGCACAACCUCAUGAAAGAGCUAGCUCAAUUUGUUUCUGGAGAGUUCUGUUUCAGAUUGGAGGAUAAAGUCGACGACAGCAAUCAAUAUAAAGCAUAUGAGAAGGCUCGUCAUUCUUCAUAUAUUCGCCGUCAGCGCGAGUUAACUACAAGGUUUGACUCCUUCAGCAGACUUGAGUGCUUACGCACCUUCCUUCCAUUGGAUGAUUUGGAUCCAACAGACGGAACUGGAUUUAGCUAUUUGGCUAACAAAGUCCCUCGUGAUCUACUUCCGAAGUUGCGAUAUCUACGGGUGCUAUCUUUCAAUGCUUGUCGUAUUACUGAAUUGCCAGAUACAAUAGGCAAUUUAAAGCAUCUACGCUAUCUGGACCUCUCUCGCACUGCAAUUAAAAGGUUGCCUGAUUCUAUGAGUAUGCUUUGCAAUUUACAAACAUUGUUAUUAGUAGAAUGUCGCUCUCUCACUAAGUUGCCAGCAGAAAUGGGGAACCUGACAAGCCUACGCCAUCUUCAUAUUGACGGAAGCAGAUUAAAGGAGAUGCCACUGCAAAUGUGUAGACUGAAGAAUCUCCAAUCCUUGUCUAAUUUUAUGGUAGGUAGGGAGAAUGGUUGUGGAAUUAAAGACUUGAGCGACAUGCUGCAACUUAAGGGAUCCCUUAUCAUUUCAGGACUGCAGAAUGUUGUGAAUUUUGUAGAUGCAAUGGAGGCUAAUCUGAAGGGAAAGGAAGGACUUGAUCACUUGGUGUUCCAAUGGAGUGACAGUUCUGAUGAUUCACUCGCUGAUACAGAUGAAGAGGAUGUUUCUGACAUGCCACAAGUUCACAGAAUCCUAGACGAUCUCAACAUCAGAGGUCAUAGUGUUACGAGAUUUCCGAGUUUUAAGGAAACCAUGGAUGCUUAUGAACAAGAGGCCAAUGAGUUAAGGUUGAAAAGGAGAAACAGUAUGGAUGGUUCAAGAAAUGAAAGAACUGAGAUGGUUGUAUUCGAGAUGCUGCAACCUCAUAAAAAUCUAAAAAAAGUUACGAUUGAAGACUAUGGAGGCACAAAAUUCCCUCGUUGGGUUGCGUCCCCAUUGUUCUCCAAUAUUCUAUAUUUAAAGCUCAUCAACUGCAGGAAGUGUACACGACUGCCGGCACUCGGACAACUUCCUUCACUAAAAGACCUCAUUGUUGAAGGGAUGGAGGGCAUAACAAGUAUAGGCGCUGAGUUCUAUGGGGAUUACCAUUCAUCUGUCCUUCCAUUUCCGUCUUUGGAAACCCUAAAAUUUGACUACAUGAUAAACUGGGAGGAGUGGUCUUCUUCUGGGGUUGAAGGACGGGAAGAUUUCUGUUGCCUGAAAAAGAUUGAAAUUCUAAACUGUCCAAAGCUCAAAAAGUUCUCUCACAACUUCUCAGCCUUGAGAAAAAUGAGAAUUAAGUGGUGUGAGGAAUUGAUUGCUCUUCCAAGCCUUUCAAAGACAGAUAAUCGUUUAGAGCAACGCGGAGAAUUCCCUAACCUCCUUGAGCUUUCUAUAUGGACAUGUCCCAACCUAAAUGAAUUACCUAGCAUCUUUCCGUCUCUGCAAGUCCUUGAGAUAAAUGGAUGUCAAGAACUAACAGAGCUGCCCAAGCUCCCUUUGAUCAGGGAGUUGGAACUUAAAAAGUGCAAUGAGGGGAUACUACAAAGUAUAGUCGGACUUUCCUCGCUGACCUACUUGCAUUUGCAUCAAAUUCCCGGGCUGACACGUCUACUUGAAGGGUUUCUACAACACUUGACAGCUCUUGAAGACUUGAAGAUUGUGCAUCUCAGCGAGGUUGUCACUUUGUCUAAUGAGAUUGGAUUGCAAAAUCUUAUGCACCUCCAACGCUUGGAAAUUUCAGGAUGUCCAUUCUUACAGGAGUUGCCACAAUGCUUGCACCGACUCUCAUCUCUUAAGGAGUUUAAAGUUUGGAGAUGUCCUUCACUUGUAUGCUUUCCGGAAACAGGUUUUCCUUCCACGCUUAGAGGCCUUGAGAUCAAGGGUUGUGAUGCUCUCCAACUCCUACCAGAAUGGAAGAUGCAGAACAGCAAUGACUUGUGUUUUCCGCUCGAGUACUUGGUAAUUGAAGGCUGUUCUUCUCUGAAGUCGUUUCCAAAAGGUAAGCUUCCCAGCACACUCAAAGAACUUGAAAUCCAAAACUGCAAAAAUUUGGAAUCCCUUCCAAAGGACAUGAUUCACAAUAAUAGUUCUCUUGAAUUUCUUAAGAUUUCCGGGUGUCCUUCUGUUACAUCCUUUCCGAGAGGUACUUUUGGUCUCCCUGCAGCAACAUCCAGCCUAGUCAUGAACCUUAAACAGCUCAUCAUCAACGACUGCGCCAACCUCCAGUUCUUACCUGAAGGCCUGCACAACCUUAUACAUCUCAAUAAUUUGGAAAUUACUGAGUGUCCACUUGUCGAGUCUAUCACGGAAUUUGGCCUGCCAACCUCCAUGCUGAAAGCUAUUAAAGUUUCCGAUUGUAGAAACCUCAAGUCUCUACCAAAACGUAUGCACGGCCUCACAUCUCUUCAAGAACUAUGCAUCGAAAGUUGCUCUAGUCUCGUCUCAUUUCCAGAGGGUGGAUUGCCAACCAAUCUAUCUUCGUUGUCGAUCAUGGAUUGUGAAAACUUCAAGCCUUCGUUCGAGUGGGGGCUGCACAGACUCACUUGUCUCACCAACCUCACCUUUGGUGGUUGUCAAGGACUGGUAUCAUUCCCAGAGGAUUGGCUGUUGCCUAUCAGUUUAUCCUCUCUUCAGCUUCAGCGACUGCCAAAUCUCAAGUUCCUACCCAACAGACUUAACAAUCUCCCCUCUCUCGAUAAUCUGGAAAUAUCGGAAUGUGACAUACUUGAAACCUUGUUUGAAGAGGAGCAACCGAAGAUGCUUCAAAAUUUUGAAAUUCUGGGAUCUACUCUCACUAGUGGUUUUGUGUAAAUUGAUUAUAAUUCUGUGCUCAUCAAUGCAAAAGAUCCAUUCACUUCAA